GGUUCAACAUUGCGCACACGGACUUGCAUAGUUAAUGGUAUUGUUCACGGGGAUAAAUCAGAGACGUAAUCAUGUUGACUGCGAUAGAGACUCAGCAACGCCGGGCUAAACUCAACCGGAAGACAACGAGCACUCUGAGCGUCACCUCUCAAUCUGAACUUGAUAAUAAUAAUAGCGCCCAAAACAAAAACAAAGUAAAAAUUAAAAAAACAAUCCAGCCUAAGGCAGUCCCUGCGAAAAAGUCAGGGAGCGCAAAAAAAGAAGUCGCAAAAGACGAGAAGAAGAAGCCAAAGAAAGAAAAGAAGAAAUUUGGAAGAUUCUCUGUAUCACUCCCUUCGGGUGUGCCCAAAGUCAUCAAAAUCAAGGGGCCAGGCCUUGUCCACAGAAAGAAGAAGUACUUGAAUAAGGAACUCCAGGUUGAACCAGCUCAGCCCUUCACCGAAGUCAUAGGAAUGGAGGAAGUGUUUGUCAACAGGGUUCAUCUCUAUGACGAAGAGGCAGAGAAGAAAAUUCAGUUGAAAUCGCCGGGGCCAAAAACACCCGAAAACUAUGGCCGCAGUGUGGAGUUUUACAGGCAUAUCAACGAAGCGCGAGCCAUCUAUGUUGGAGCUGCCACUCGGUGUGGGGUCCAGCUGCUGACGGGGCGAGUAGUCGGGGACAUUGAUGAUUGGGAGAAGUACUGUAGUGAGAAGACAGAGAUGGAGAAACAGUGGAGGAGAGAAUGCCGGGAACGCGACAAUGCGCGGGAAAAGGAGAGUAGGAAGGUCGAUGAGGGGGAGGGCACCUGCUGCUUUGCUGUGGGAAGGUGUGGACAGUGGGUGAAGGCACAGUUUAAAGAUAUCUUCCCCUGCUGUCUACCCGGGUGAGGGUGUGGUGGAGUGUGUGGACUACCCAUGUGUUGGGAGGGCCUUGUGUCAAGUGUGUGGAACAUUCUAGUGUCCAAUGUCUGGGAGAGCCUUGUGUCAAGUGUGUGGAACAUUCUGAUGUCCAAUGUCUGGGAGAGGCUUGUGUCAAGUGUGUGGAACAUUCUGAUGUCCAAUGUCUGGGAGAGCCUUGUGUCAAGUGUGUGGAACAUUCUGAUGUCCAAUGGCUGGGAGGGCCUUGUGUCAAGUGUGUGGAACAUUCUGAUGUCUAAUGGCUCGGAUACCAUGUGUCAAGUGUGUGGAACAUUCUGAUGUCCAAUGGUUGGGAGAGCAUUGUGCCAAGUUUGUGGAAUAUUCAAGUGUCCAAUGGUUGUGAGAGCCUUGUGUCAAGUGUGUGGAACAUUCUGAUGUCCAAUGGUUGGGAGAGCAUUGUGCCAAGUUUGUGGAAUAUUCAAGUGUCCAAUGGUUGUGAGAGCCUUGUGUCAAGUGUGUGGAACAUUCUGAUGUCCAAUGUCUGGGAGAGCCUUGUGUCAAGUGUGUGGAACAUUCUGAUGCCCAAUGUCUGUGAGAGCCUUGUGUCAAGUGUGUGGAACAUUCUGAUGUCCAAUGUCUGGGAGAGCCUUGUGUCAAGUGUGUGGAACAUUCUGAUGUCCAAUGGUUGGGAGAGCCUUGUGUCAAGUGUGUGGAACAUUCUGAUGUCCAAUGUCUGGGAGAGCCUUGUGUCAAGUGUGUGGAACAUUCUGAUGUCCAAUGUCUGGGAGGGCCUUGUGUCAAGUGUGUGGAACAUUCUGAUGUCCAAUGGUUGGGAGAGCCUUGUGUCAAGUGUGUGGAACAUUCUGAUGUCCAAUGUCUGGGAGGGCCUUGUGUCAAGUGUGUGGAACAUUCUGAUGUCCAAUGGUUGUGAGAGCCUUGUGUCAAGUGUGUGGAACAUUCUGAUGUCCAAUGUCUGGGAGAGCCUUGUGUCAAGUGUGUGGAACAUUCUGAUGUCCAAUGUCUGGGAGGGCCUUGUGUCAAGUGUGUGGAACAUUCUGAUGUCUAAUGGCUCGGAUACCAUGUGUCAAGUGUGUGGAACAUUCUGAUGUCCAAUGGUUGGGAGAGCAUUGUGCCAAGUUUGUGGAAUAUUCAAGUGUCCAAUGGUUGUGAGAGCCUUGUGUCAAGUGUGUGGAACAUUCUGAUGUCCAAUGUCUGGGAGAGCCUUGUGUCAAGUGUGUGGAACAUUCUGAUGCCCAAUGUCUGUGAGAGCCUUGUGUCAAGUGUGUGGAACAUUCUGAUGUCCAAUGUCUGGGAGGGCCUUGUGUCAAGUGUGUGGAACAUUCUGAUGUCCAAUGGUUGGGAGAGCCUUGUGUCAAGUGUGUGGAACAUUCUGAUGUCCAAUGGUUGGGAGAGCCUUGUGCCAAGUGUGUGGAACAUUCAAGUGUCCAAGACCAGUGUAAAAAGUGUGUUUACUGUGUUUUACGUAUAUUUAGUAUGCCGUAAAUUCAGGGCCCCUUGUUUGGGAGAACAUAUAAACGUGUCUGAUAUAUUCAAGUAUACUUAGAGUACAAUGGAUGGCAUUUUAAACGUUACGGUUAUGAAAGCUUUGAUGACCGAAAAUAAAACAUCUGAACAGAAAGCUCUUCCUCUUUCAUUGUCUCAUACGUUGCAUGACGUCUUAACCCUUUGCAAAUAAGUCAUUUCAUUUAAUGUUUCCUACCUAUUAACUGCGAACAUAUGACACAUAUUUUAAGGUAA